AUGACCGAGAACGCAACACCUGGCAGUGCCAAUGCGGCCUCAGAUGCUGCCUCGCGCGGCAUGCCCUACUACGAGCGGCUGCGACGCGACCUGCGCGAAUCACUGCAGAAGAAGCGCAUAUUGGACAACAACUUGCAACAACUCGAGGACAACAUUAUGCGAGUCGAGACACAGUACCUUGAAGAGACCAGCGCUGGGAACAUAAUCAAAGGCUUCGACAACUACGUCAAGGGCGCAGCGACCACUACAACCACCAGUGGAGCAGGCACGGCUACACGGCGUAAAGCUCAGGUUAGCGACGUAGACAGGAUAUUCAGUCGAAGCUCGUCCAGUUUCUUGAGGGAGGCAUCAACACCGGCUUCAGCAGGAACAACGCCUUCACAUGCGGCUACGCCCAUCUCAUCGUUUCCCACCCGCGAGUCGAGUCAGCCCACAACGAACGGCGCGAGAGGAGGAAGCAAGAAGAAGAAGGCAGCCGAGGAUGAAGACACAGACGGUCCGUCCGUGAAGAGGAACAAGAUUUCGUAUGGAAGGGAAUGA